GCGCAGUAGGGACUCCGAGCCCUUUAAAUGUACUGUACGUGCAAAGAUGGCAGCUCAAGUCGACUUGCUCCGUGCGAAAGUAGAAGACGAAAAGGUAAGGGACAGCCUUGAUAGAUUAACCAAAGAGAGGAAGAAGAAGAAGAAAAGGGACCUGUCGCCGCCAACUGACAAACUCGAGCAGUCGGAUAAAGAAGCGAAGAAAGUGAAGCUCCAUCACCACCACCAUCACCACCACAGCCACCAACAUGCUGAGCGCCGGACCCACCAGCCGCAUCAGCUGCCGCAAAAUCCCCAGCCUGGCAGCUUCAGGUCCAACAAACCUGCUGUGCACCACCACCAGCCCAGCAACCACCAUCUCCACCACCAUCACAACCACACCAACGGUACAAAGAAGACCUUGCAGCCGGCUUUGCCUCCUUCUCUUCCCACUCCUCCUCCGCGGAAGGUACCAGACCAACCGGAGAAGAAGCGAGCGGUGCCCUCCGAGCCACCUGCACUCUUCACUUUCACGCCUCUCAAAGUAGCCAAGGCCAAGACACAGGAUUACAAAGAGAAGCACAGGGAGAAAGAUAUUAAACUGAAGGUCAAGAAGGAAAACACUGAAGCAAACGUGAAACAUGCAGAAUUGAAGAAAAAGAAGGAGCCCAGGCCCCGCGAUGAGAAUGUCAAGUCUCAAACACUGGAGGAAUAUCUUCUGAAGAAGAAAAAGAAGAAGAAGAAGCACCGUGAGGAUGAGCACAGUGGCAAGAAGGUCCGGCGCAUGCACAACAAGGAAGUCCAGACUGUGUGUUCGGGACUGGGAGCAGACCUUACUCUGUCUGUUCGCCCUGACCUGAAUCAGGAAGGCAGUUGCCAGCCUGGCACAGGCACUGUCGACAACCACCAGCCCUACCUCCACACUCCCAAAGUGGGGCACAUGCCUUUUCUCUCCCACCAGGACCACUACAUCCGCAGCUCCUGCCUGCAGACGGGCACCUGGUAUGGACGUUUCAUGCAUGAGGAAAGGCAAGCCAACGGCGGGGCAUCAGUUCUGCAUGCCUAUGCUGAUGAACUAGCCUGUCUUAGACCAGCUGACCUGGAGUGCUUUGCCCAGGAGUUCCUAGAGUUGGCCUUUGCUGAGAAGCCCCGAGGUGCAGCCCGCUACGCCUUGGCAGUGGUGCAUGGUGCAGCAGCCUACCUGCCUGACUUCCUGGACUACUUUGCCUUCAAUUUCCCCAACACGCCAGUCAAAAUGGAGAUACUUGGCAAGAAGGACAUCGAGACCACAACUAUAGCCAGCUUCCACUCUCAGGUGAACCGGACUUACUGUUCGGGAACGUACCGGGCUGGACCCAUGAGACAGAUCAGCUUGGUGGGAGCUGUGGAUGAGGAGGUGGGAGACUAUUUCCCAGAGUUUCUUGACAUGUUGGAGGAGUCUCCCUUUCUCAAGAUGACCCUACCAUGGGGCAGCCUCUCCAGCCUGAAGCUGGACUGUCGCUCUCAGAGUGAUGAUGGACCCAUCAUGUGGGUGCGACCAGGAGAGCAAAUGGUACCCACUGCUGACAUGCCCAAGUCUCCCUUCAAACGACGCAGGUCUAUGAAUGAGAUCAAAAAUCUGCACUACUUGCCGAGGGCCAGCGAACCGAGGGAGGUUCUGUUUGAGGAUCGAACGCGGGCCCAUGCUGACCAUGUAGGCCAGAGUUUCGACUGGCAGAGCACUGCUGCUGUGGGAGUAUUGAAAGCCGUGCAGUUUGGAGAAUGGAGUAACCGACCCCGGAUAACCAAAGAUGUAGUGUGUUUCCAUGCAGAGGACUUCAACGAUGUGGUCCAGAGGCUGCAGCUGGAUCUCUAUGAGCCCCCGGUGUCUCAGUGUGUCCAGUGGGUGGAUGAUGCCAAGCUUAACCAGCUAAGGAGGGAGGGCAUCCGUUACGUCCGCGUCCAGCUCUGCGACGAUGACAUCUACUUUAUCCCCAGGAACGUCAUCCACCAGUUCAAGACGGUGUCUGCCGUUUGCAGCCUGGCCUGGCACAUCCGCCUCAAGCAGUACCACCCAGAGGAGGACAAGGACAAGGAGGAGGAGCAAAGACCCAGCGACCUCAGCCCCACCUCUGGCCGAGUGUCUUCCACCUCUCCUGACAGGCCUGAUGCCACUAUAACCCCCUGUGCACAUCCGCAGGCAGAGAACAUCCAAGGUGGAGUGGCCAAGACUGAAGAACCAGUGUUCCAGAGGCCAGCGACUCCUCCCCAGGAGCCCCAGCCUGCCCCUCCUCAGCCCACGAAGUCUGCUCACCUGCCCCCACCUUACCAGGAUCCCCACCCUUCCUUGCCGACAGCCCACUCUGGGUGUACAUCAUCAAACCUUGAGCCAACCCUUCCACAAGCUGUAGGCCACACCGCAGCGUUCCCGAAAUGACCCUUCUUCAACACCCCAAUCCCUCUCUGUGACACUCCUCAACCCACUGUGGGAGGAGCUUUUUUUUUUUUUUUUUUUUUUUUGUAGGAAUUUUAGACUGAAUUAAAUUACAACUGGCAUCUGUGUGUCAAUCAGGAAGCUUUUCAACUUCUUCUCUUAAAUUAUUCCUCACACUUUUAUAUCUGUACAUGUCAGUUCAAAUAAAAUCCCCUGAGAUUUUUAUUUCCACAGCCAAAGUGUAUCAUUUGAAGGGACUGUAUAAUAAGUUUUGUCAUUAUUUUGUAUUUGGUAGCAACAAGACUGGAGCUCCCUACUGUCUCUUUCAAAACAAAUUAUCUUGAUGACUCAAGGUGUAUAUCAUGUAAAGCAGCUAUUGGAUAGAAAAUAUUAACUCUCAUGGUUAAAAGACAGAACUUUCAUUUAUAUUCAAGGCUCUGCUGUUAUUACUUAAUAUGGCGAGAUUAUUUUGAGGAAGAUGAAACCCACUUAACUGUGGUAAGUUUGACAAAUGGAGAUAGUUGAAUCCCCGUUCAUGGAAUAAUUGUUUACAUGUUUAAUAUAAUGACCUGUCCUGUAAACAAAGACGCACUACUUCGUACUUGGUCAGUGGCAUAACUCUUGCUAACCUUAAUCAGGAGACAGAGUGGACUCAGUUUAGUAGGUUGAGGAUAUCAUCAGUCAACUGGAAAGGGCAGCCAGGUCUUUGCCAUUUGACUGAACUCCAAGCCUCACAUAUCCAGGCAUACUCAGACUUCCUAACAUAAUUACCGCCAGUAGACACAGGGCAAUGAAACUACAGAGGAGUCUAUUGUUUAAAAGACAAAUAUUUUCCUUUUAUAUUUAAAAUCAAGCAGAUAACUCUUCCAUUGCUUUGAUAUGAAAUAUCCUACAGUAAUUAUGCUACAAGCACUUAAAAACUUUUCUUUCCUUUCACCAGUGCUCCAUAAAUCAUGUGGAGUUUUGUUGCAGUUUGCUUGAUUCUUUAUUUAAAAUGCCAUUUUCUACAGUGCUCUUUUUCUUACUGCUGAUGCUGCUUUUGAUAUUUUAUUUAUUUUCUUAGGCUUGAGCUUAACAUAUGAACACAGGUUUUGUACCGGUGAUUAUUUAAUGUGAGGAUCUAAUUGUUGGAGCACUUCUAAAUGCUGAAGGAAAUUUAUGGCUAUUGCACUUAGCAAUAAUUAUCUUGAUCUUUUUUUCCUCUUUGUGGCAGGUGUGGAAUAUGUCCUCACAAUUUGGUAUGUAAAUAUUAUGUUGUUGCCAUUGCUGGCAAUAUGUGAAUGCUGUCAGUGCACUUAAUUCAUUCUUAAUUUGAUGAAAAUCCAUGUUUAUCUUUGGUUCCUGGUAGUGUCACUAGGUUGAUAAAGGCACGGUUGUAGAAUAGGUUACCAUGGUUGUAAUAGUUUUUCUGAGUGUAACUGUGUGUUGAUAUGCCCUUGUUUUUACCCAUUUUUUACUGUUUUCACAUGGUGACAACAACCAAGUUCCCAAAAAAUCAAGCAUCUUAGGAAAUUAUGCAAGAUUUACAUUUUUGCUUCAGCAGUUUCAUAGUUGGAAAUGAAUAUCACAUCUGUUGGUAAUGAUCUGUCCAAAUACAUCUUCAUAUUUUCAUUUAAGGCUGGACGAGGUCACCCAAAUGUUCUUUUUUGAGUGUCAGAUUUACUGUUCAUCUGAACCUCACUGAGGCCUUUUUUCAUUGUCAUUCUGUAGUCUUCUGACGCUAAGAUAAGGGAUGGGAUGAUGUGACAUUGCCUUUGCCCUACUGUUGAAUGCGUCUUAGUGCCUUGUACUGUGUACAGUCAGCUUCAUUCAACUGUUUUUGUUUUUUUUUUUUUGUUUUUUUUUUUUUUUUAUGGCUAGUGGGACGUUACCACAGAGCUUGGCCAAGCCACCAUAGUAUUGUUUUUCUUGACUGAUGCUAUAAGAAUCCGCUGCCCUUGUGAUGAUUUGUGACUUCUACUUCUGCACAUCGCCUGGAAGCGGAGAAUUACUGUAUCAUUAUAUCACUGAAAAUUCUGCCUUUCAUUCAUACUAGAUUCUUUUCAGGAAGCAGAAAGCUAUUUUCAUUUGUCACAGACAAAGUUCUGUUGUGGUGUACUGUACAUUGCCUUCCCAUCAGGGCAUGCUCUGUGUUGUAGAACCAAUAAUUGCUGUUGUUGAUGUUUGUACUGAAACUUUUUUUUUUUUUU